AUGACCACAAUGGCGAUGCUUGGCGACGAAAUGUCGAAGAAAAUCUCGUUAUCCGAACCAUCGAAAAGUCCGAAGAAGGCGAGCGCUGUCAGCCUCUUGUCAACAUCAUCGAAUGAAGACCCUCCACGGAAGAAAAGCUCAUUAAAGGAAAACAUCGCGAAUGUGAUCAGAUCGCCAAAUUUCAUUCUUCGACGAGAAGCGACCAAAACUCGUUGGGAUCAAGUACGCGAUCGUCUUAAACUCAACCGUAUCAAAAUAUCGAUUAGAGAGCGACGAAAAGCGUAUCGUUCAAGUUCGUUUAUUCAAUUCGUCUUCAUUUCCUUCAUCAAUCGGGUGAAAACGAUUCGCAAAACACUGAAAUUGUGCCCUAAUGAAGCCAUGUUCUGUUAUUCAGCUGAAAAAUGCUAUUUCAUUCGAAAUCCAGCCACGCAGAAGUAG